AUGGACGCGACGGGAGGGCGGGGCCUGGGAGGUGCCGCGCGUCUCCAGGCCAACGGUCCGCCACUACCGCCCUACGAGGUGCUACCGACAGGGGUGAGCAUGGAGGAGCUGCCCCGGAGCACGACCGUGCUGCUGGAGGAGCCGCCGCGGCCGCCCCGGGACCACCUGGUCUGGUCCCUCUUCACCACCCUCUAUGGCAAUUUCUGCUGCCUCGGCCUGCUGGCAUUCGUCUUCUCCGUCAAGUCCAGGGACCGCAAAAUGCUGGGUGACUACAGCGGGGCACUGAGCUACGCCUCCACGGCCAAGUGCCUGAACAUCACGGCCCUGGUGAUCAACAUCAUCGUCGUCGUCAUCGUUGUCACCAUCGUCGCUCUGGCCCUCGAGGGGGUCCUCAGCCACAUGAACCCCCCACCCUCGUACAGGCCGAAUCCUUUCUCCGGUGGCACUUAGUCCCCUCUUUGCCCUGCGGGCUGUGCUUCCCACCCCACACCUGCCCGGAGAGUUCCUCUCACCCCUCGGAGCUGGGGAGCUCCCUCAUGUCAUGGAAACUGCAAACUGACAAUCCACAGGCCCCUCCUGGGGGCCUGCUGGUGUCCUGUCCCACUUUUGUGGAGCCCUUGCUGAUGGCUGUCCUUGCUGGAGGUAUCUGGGGGUGGACGCUGCUCCCCAGGGAGGAGCGGAGCACCCCCAACCCCACCGUAGCCUGCUUGUUGCUUUCUUCUGGGUCUGGAGCCCCAGCUGCCCCAAAAGUAUUCCGAGGAGGAGCACCUGGUUCAGAGAA